CACGUUCCGUAUUCUGUCAUGGGGCCGCCAUUAGAGAGUUCGCCGUAUUUUUUGUUUCUUUUUCCUCUCUCACUCAGGGUUUGGAAUGUAAGACGUCAGACUUGAGUGACGACUUGAAGUCUCGACUAGACGAAACGAACCUGUUGGGCGGCACAUUCCCUGUCAUGAUGGUGCUCCUCAGGUAGCCAGAGAGGGUGGAGUGUGUGAGGACGUGCUCCUGCCAUGGCUGGCACGCCAGGCUUUGUGCAGGUGUUGUGCCGGGCAGUACGCACUGUUGCUCUUGUCCUCUUUUACUACGUUUUUUCCAUCGGCAUCACCUUCUACAACAAAUGGCUGAUGAAGGGCUUCCAUUUCCCCCUCUUCAUGACUCUGGUCCACCUGGUCAUAAUAUUCUGUCUGUCUGCCCUGACACGAAGCGCAAUGCAGUGUUGGACUGGCAAGCCCAGGGUCCUGCUUAACUGGAAGAGCUACAUUUACAAGGUGGCCCCCACAGCACUAGCGUCAGCUUUGGACAUAGGCCUGUCCAACUGGAGUUUCCUCUUCAUCACCAUCAGCCUAUACACCAUGACCAAGUCGUCUGCUGUGCUCUUCAUCUUGUUCUUCUCUCUGGUCUUCAGAUUGGAGGAGCCGAACCCAUUCUUGGUUGUGGUGGUCCUUCUGAUCGCUGGUGGGCUUUUCAUGUUCACCUUUGAGUCCACGCAGUUCAAUCUGCAGGGCUUCAUCCUGGUGCUGCUGGCAUCCUUCAUCGGUGGCAUCCGCUGGACACUCACGCAGGUCCUGAUGCAGAAGGCAGAGCUGGGCCUGCAGAAUCCAGUGGACACCAUGUUUCACCUGCAGCCUCUAAUGUUUAUGGGCCUCUUCCCACUCUUCCUGUACAAUGAAGGCCUCAGCCUGUGCACCUCAGUGAAGCUGUUCCGUGUGAGUGAGAUCUCCCCCCUGCUGUACACCCUACUCACACUGUCGGCGGGUGGGGGCCUUGCCUUUGGCCUGGGCUUCUCUGAGUUCAUGCUGGUCUCCCGCACCUCCAGCCUCACACUCUCCAUUGCUGGCAUCUUCAAGGAGGUGUGUAUACUGCUGUUAGCAGCUAGGGUAAUGGGGGACAAGAUGACUGCACUGAACUGGCUGGGAUUUGCUGUCUGUCUCUCUGGGAUCUCUCUGCACGUGGGGCUGAAGACCUAUUACUCCAAAGGUAAGGGCUCCACGCUGAGGCAGCUGCCCAGUCACGACAGCAGAGAGCUGGAGCUGCCCUUGCUUCGGUCGGGCCAGGACGGAGAGGACGUGGAGACCUGCGAUGAAGAGGAGGAGCAGGAGAUCCUGCACUGAGAGGAAGCACUCCGAUACAGGCAGUAUCACCGCUCUGCACGAGGGCUGCAGGAGGACCGGCUCGCCAUGCUCCGCAGACAUUCUCCGCGGAAGAGAAUUUAGAGGAAGACGAGGAUGGUGAAGAGGAUGGAAACACUCCGGCAAUGCCAGUGUUUUAUUUGCCAUCCAUCGCCUGCGAAGCCCUUCCGAUUCUUGAAACAACAAAACAUUAAUCAGGGUGGAAAUUUCUAUAUAGGACUAAUUACUUUCCAGUGUGCUAGAUACCGUAGUGAGGGGAAGGGAUUUUCCCCCAGGUAUGCAUAUCUGGAUUUAAGGAGCCAGUUCUGUACAGAGGAAAUGUAUACAUAUAGACUUUAAAUAGUCCCCUGUGUGACUGUUAACGCAUGACUCAUAGGUUGUUUUGCAUUGAUUAUGUGUAUAUGGGACCAAUGAGAGGUCAGACAGAGCAUUUCUGGCCUAUCGUUUCAUUUUAAUUAAAUGAGCUUCUGAAUGUU